CGGCCCCGCAGCGAAGAUGGCUCAGACAAACCCUCUGCCUGGCCCCAUGGGCCCGUGGAAGAUCACAGCCUACGACCAGGAAAACUUCCAGGGAAAGAAGAUGGAGUUCACCUCGGCCUGCCCCACCAUCAUCGAGUGCGGCUUCGAGAACAUCCGCUCCCUGAAGGUGGAAAGUGGCGCCUGGAUCGGUUAUGAGCACACCAGCUUCUGCGGGCAGCAGUUUAUCUUGGAAAGGGGAGAAUACCCACGGUGGGAUGCCUGGAGUGGGAGCAACGCCUACCACACCGAGCGCCUGAUGUCCUUCCGCCCCAUCUGCUGUGCU